AGAAAAUAGAACAUUCAUUUUUUAGGAUUAUGUCUACAACAUGAAGCAUUUAACAGUAGCUGUCUUUGAGAACAUUCAUCUAUGACCUGAAAUGUCCUGAUCCUGGGGAAAAAAUGAGAUUCCAUUAAUUAAGUCUAUAAUUUUUAAAUGCAUUUUUAUGACUAAUCAUAUUUGUUUAUGCACAACACGGAUACAGAAUUCAUAAACCAGAGAUUAUUUUAACAGGUACGCACAUUUGUGUUUGUGCGUUCAGUAUACAAGAUACAUCGUUUUAAUCAAAUUUUAAAUAAUCUUUUAAAUUAUCUAUAUUUAUUAAUAAAUGAAGACCUGGCAAGAAGAAUUUGUCAUCCAUGGACAAGAGUAAAGCAGGUUCCCCCAGAAUGGAUGGUAAUUUUGUAUUGGGUAAAAUCAAUAACUUAAAAGUAGAACAAGAAGAAGACAGCAUUAACUGUACUCUAGAAAGAAUGGAUAUAAAGACGGAACAAGAUGACUUCAGACAUGCAGACAGCAGUGAUGAACAGGAAGACAAAGAAAAGAACUUCAUUACCAACAACCCUGGCAAAUAUUUAUCUACAGAAAAUGAAGAUGAUUAUGGAUCUCUUUUUUCUCAAUAUAGUAGUACGCUGUAUGAUGUAGCAAUGGAAGCUGUGACACAAAGCCUCCUUUCUAGCAGAAACAUAAGCUCCAGAAAAAAGUCACCUGCUUGGAACCAUUUUUUUAUAUCUCCUAGAGAUAGCACUAAAGCAAUAUGUAUGUACUGUAUGAAAGAAUUUAGCAGGGGUAAAAAUGAAAAGGACCUGAGUACAAGUUGUCUCAUGAGACAUGUGAGGAGAGCCCAUCCCACUGUACUAAUUCAAGAAAAUGGAAGUAUGCCAGGUAUAUCCUCCUUUUCUUCACCUACGUUGUUACUGCCACCUCAGUCCGCAGAUGUUGGAGAUCUGAGUUCUAUGUUAUCCCCCAUAAAACUGGUCAAGAAAAUGGCUUCUAAAAUACCGUCUCCAGAUCGAAUAAUUGAGGAAUCUGUUUCUAUUGUUUCUUCUGAAGAAAUAUCAGAUCUCUCAGUUUCUGAAAAGUGCAGCAAAGAAGAAGUCAUGGUUGGGACAUCUCCACAGCUACCCAACAACCAGUACGAUGACACUGUGGAGAGUGUAGCAGAAAAAACUGUUGUAAUUCCAAAGAGCACAUCAGGUUCCAGAAGGAGAUCUGCUGUCUGGAAACACUUUUAUUUGUCACCUCUAGAUAAUUCUAAAGCUGUUUGCAUCCACUGCAUGAAUGAAUUCAGUAGAGGAAAAAAUGGAAAAGACUUGGGAACGAGUUGUUUAAUAAGACACAUGUGGAGAGCCCAUCGUUCCAUUGUCCUGCAAGAGAAUGGGGGUGGUACCAGCAUACCACCUCUCUACACUGCACCUCCAACUCUGUUGCCUUCUUUACUACCCUCAGAUAGUGAUCUGAAUUCUAUGUCAUCCUCUCCUGGAAAACUAAUGAAAGAAUCAGCUUCUGUUUCUUCUUCUCCAGACAGAAUCUCUGAGGAGAUCCAUACUAAUCUCUCUUCUGGAGAUGCUCUAGUGGAAGACUCAAUGCUGUCAUCUUCUGAUGAUAUAGGUGAAGUCUCCUUUGUUUCAUCUCCUGAGAAACAGUGUGAGGGAUUAGGUCCACUAAUAUUUGAACCUACUGCUGUAUUUCAGCAAAAUAAAAGGAUUAUGAAAAGGCUUAAAUCGGAAGUUUGGCACCACUUUUCACUGUCACCUGCAGAUAGUCUAAAAGCAGUAUGUAGAUACUGCAGUUGUAUGAUAAGUCGUGGUAAGAAAGGAGAUGUGGGCACAAGCUGCUUGAUGAGACAUCUAUACAGACGCCAUCCCGAUGUAAUUGGAAACCAAAAGAGCUUUCUUGAUGUGAGUUUGGCAAAUUCUCCUUACGCCACUUUGGCUUCUGCAGAAUGUUCAUCCUCAAAGUUGACUGACUUGCCUACAAUGGUUACACACGAUAAUCAAAUUAUAUUUCCUGUUAAUAGUAAGAAGACCUCAAAACUGUGGAAUCACUUUUCAAUUUGUUCUGCAGAUUCAACAAAAGUAAUAUGUAUGCACUGUGGACGUACAAUAAGUAGGGGGAAAAAGCCAACAAAUCUAGGCACAAGUUGCCUUCUAAGACAUUUGCAGCGGUUUCAUAACAAUGUAUUGAAAACUGAUGUCUCAGAGACAGUCUUAUCCUCAUCUACGGAUAAUCACAUGCCACUGAGCACAGAAUUACUAGGAUCUUCAAAUUUUGAUGAAACCAAUGACAAGUUUUGUGACUCUCACCCAGUUGCCAAAAAAAUCACAAGUCUUGUAGCCGAAAUGAUUGCACUUGACCUUCAGCCAUAUUCUUUUGUAGACAACAUUGGCUUUAACAGGCUGCUUGAAUAUUUGCAACCUCAGUAUUCUUUACCUUCUCCAUCUUACUUUUCUAGGACAGCAAUUCCAGAUAUGUAUGAUAAUGUAAAACAAAUAAUUAUUUCACAUCUUAAAGAAGCUGAAAGUGGAGUGAUCCAUUUUACGUCCGGAAUAUGGAUGAGCAACCAAACACGAGAAUAUCUAACCCUGACAGCUCAUUGGGUAACAUUUGAGUCUUCAUUUCGACCACAGUGUGAGGAUUACCAUUGUUCAGCCCUAUUAAAUGUAUCACAGAUUGAUUGUGACUACAAUGGAAUCAGUAUUCAAAAGCAGUUAGAGUACUGGUGGGAAACGUGGAUUACUUCCAUUGGCCUUCAGAUUGGGAUUACUGUUACUGAUAAUCAGAGUAUAGAGAAAACUUUAAAUGAAGGUGAUCAUUCAAGUGUACAAUGUUUUAGUCACACUGUUAAUGUCAUUGUAAAUGAGGCUAUUAAAAGCCAGAGAAUGGUUCAGAAUUUGCUUAGUAUUGCAAGAAAGAUCUGUGAGCGCGUCCAUCGGUCAGCAAAAGCAAAAGAGAAGUUAGCUGAGUUGCAAAAAGAGUAUGAGUUGCCUCAGCAUCCGCUAAUACAAGAUGUUCCGUCAAAGUGGAAUACAUCAUUUCAUAUGCUUGAACGUCUUAUCGAACAGAAAAGAGCAAUUGAUGAAAUGUCAAUAGAGUGCAGCUUUCGGGAGCUAAUAAGUUGUGAUCAGUGGGAAGUCAUGCAGUCGGUGUGUCAUGCUCUCAAACCUUUUGAAGCUGCAAGUAGGGAGAUGAGUACACACAUGUCUACUCUAAGCCAAGUGAUUCCAAUGAUUCAUAUACUUAACAGGAAAAUAGAAAUGCUAUUUGAGGAAACAAUGGGCAUAGAUACUAUGCUGAAAUCUUUGAAAGAAGCUAUGGUGAGUAGAUUGUCCUCCACGCUUCAUGAUCCAAGGUACAUUUUUGCUACCCUUCUGGAUCCCCGGUAUAAAACAUCCUUAUUUACAGAAGAGGAGGCUGAACAAUACAAACAAGACUUAAUCAGGGAGCUGGAAAUAAUGAGUUCUACCUCAGAUGAUGAUAAACCUGUUUCCAAUGGAUGUGAUAUAGGUUCACCAUCUACAAAUUCAUAUGGGGAAGAUAAUCUUUGGUCGCUCAUGGGUGACAUGAAGAAAACAAAAGACCUGAAAGAGAGAGCAAAGUUACCAGAGGAAAUGGUGCUUUCUUACUUGGAGGAAGAAGUGCUUGAGCAUAACUGUGAUCCUCUAACUUACUGGAACUUUAAGAAGUCAUCUUGGCCAGUACUGUCAAAAUUGGCUGUCAGGUUCUUGGGUUGUCCACCAAGCAUUGUUCCUUCAGAGAGAUUGUUCAAUACAUCCAAUGAAAGCAACAACUUUAGUCAGUCAAGGUUAAUGAUUGAACACUUUGAAAAGCUUAUCUUUUUGAAAGUGAAUCUUCCUUUAAUAUACUUCCAGUAUUGAAACUAAUGAACAAACUGCUAGACUAAAUCUAUUGUUGCUCACUGGAUAUUAACUAUCUAUAACUCGAAUUUUUAAAUUGCUCCAGUAGGGGCCAUGUAUGACAUCUAAUCAGUGACUAUAAUUCCAAAUUUUAGUUUCAUUUUUUUCAGCUUUCAAUAUGUCUACAUGUGCCUUAUUCAUAGUACUUCAGGCCAGAUACUGUAUAUAUGUUUUUUAAAAGUUCACACUAGAGAUAGCUUGUCUUGUCAAAUUAUACAAAAUUAUGUAGGUUUUAAUCCAUAAUUGUAAAUGAACUUUAAAAAAGCUCAGUCAUUUGUUUUAAUAGAAUGGCAAAAAAAAGAUGUAAACAGUUCUAUUCUGUAGUUUUUUAUUCAAUUAUUAUGUAAAAACCAUAAAGCAGGUACUGUAUUUUAGUUGAACAUUGCUUUAAUUGCAACAAAACAGCUUUUGUAGUUGUCAAAAGAAAGCUGUAUGUGAAAGAUGGGGUUCAAGCCGUCUUUUUAUCAUGUGGUGUUUUUAACUGCAAGCCCUAAAGUACUUAAAGGAUUAAGAAGAGUUAUUGGGGAAGAUGUGUUUACACGAGACUAUUGACUUAGUAUCUGAAAAGAAAUCUUAAAUUUGAGAUGAUAUGAAAUGUCAGUUAUACAGCAAUCGGUAGUAAAACUUCCCAUUCUGGGUUCUCCUGUUCAGGUUUUACAUUUUAACUGAACUACAGAAACUUUCUGGGUAUUUAUAAAAGCUCUUUGGAAGUCUUAUCAAAGUUUGUGAAUUAAUGCUUGUUAUUUAAUGCCGUGUACAAAAAAGGCAAGAAACUUACCAUGAAGACUCUAAUGUCAUUCUAAAGCCUUUUCUAAUCUUUAGUGCAUCGAAACUAUAAGGUUCCCUAUUGUAAAAAUUGAGCCCUUACUCCUAAUGUAAUUUCAAUUGUGUAGAGCAGCCUGUCUUAAAGCUCCUAGUACAGAAAUAACUGAUCUUCUGAUUUUCAGUAAUAGCCUUAUGGAUAUGGUGCACUGCUUAGAAUUUUAUGUAGUAGGGUUGAUUCUUAACUGUUGGUGUCCAUCAGGCAAAUGGGAUAUAGAGCCCGCAAAACUUCAAAUAAGAUGGAAAAAAAUAGCCAGCAUUUUAAUUUGAAAGGAAUGUUCUCCAUGGUUUUUUAACUCUAGAAAGAUUAAUCUUUCAUUUCAGUUUUCAUUGAAUACUUUUUGGGAAACAAGUCAUCAUUUGCCUAUGACCUUUUAGAAAAGUUGUAGCUUUGUUAAAAUACUGUACCUAUGCCUAAUCUAAUUUUGCAUUUACUAUGUUUUAGUGUAUUUAUAAAUGGUGAACUCAGUUUCUGAAAUUAAACAUUUUAUUUGCAAUUUUC